UUCUCAUUCAGUUAUAAGUCAAAACAUUUACUACGAAUAAUUCAACACGAAAUGUGAAUUUGUCACUCUGACUGGAUCACUUAACCGUUAACUGUUAUGACUAAAUUACCAACAUUUUAAGUUUCCUGAGUAGAUUUUUGAUGGAUUCAUACAACAAAAGGUAAUACAAUAUGGCAUCACAGUCUACAACAGAAAACAACGAAAUUAAUUUUUAUCGUCUUGUAGCUCUUUUAAUGGAAGUGCCCCCAGAAGUUAUACGAAAAUAUAUACUGACAAAUAUACUAUCGAAUGGAGAAACGUUUCAGGAGUAUCUCGAAAAAAAUAAGCACAACAUAUUUCAUUUGUAUGAGACUAUGAGCUGCUGUAUGUGUGGACAAAAUGGAAGAAGGAAGUUUUCAAAAAUAUUAUCUAAAGAUCAAUUUAAAAUUCUAUUUAAAUCCAAUCAUGACAAACUGGACAAUUCUCAUACAAAAAGAUCUGGCAAAAGAUUAGUGCAAACAUGUAUUUGUCACUUAAUCCCAAUACAAUGUAUCAAUGUAUCCGUCCUAGAUAUAACUUUAGCCAAUGUCAUAUUAACAAAAUGUGAGAAUAUUCCACAUGAAAGGGGAGUGUAUAAUUGGUUAGAACAGAUCGUUAAAGCGCGAAAUGCACUUUUUCACCUUACAGACUUGCGUUCGAUAGAUGACAAUACGUACAAUUCUUACUGGAACUCUAUAUCUGGUUCCGUUGAAGGAUUAUCAAACCUGGUUGGACAAACAUAUAAUGAAUCAGUGAAAAAUAAAGUAAAUGAAAUAAAGAGAAAGUUUACAAUGUUAGGUAGCGAAUAUAUGGAAGAAAGUUUAUGCCGUGAAUACUGGAGAGAAAAAUGUGUUGUGUUUGAGAAAAAUCACAGAAAAGAUCUUAGUAAAUAUGAAGAAUUGUUGGAGAGUAUUACAGAAGAGAAUCCAAGAUAUGAAUUGCAUCAAACCUGCAGGGACGUAAUGCAGAAGAUAGGUUGCUUAUGUUCAGUGGUAGACGACAUUAUAGUAAAUGUAUGUGGUAAUGCAACUGUUCGAACAGUUAUAGAGAGUACACACUUAAACAACAGUGACACUGGUGGAUCUAAGACAGUUCCGGUAUUUAUGCAAAUUCAGGUACCACCGGACUGGGAUACAGCAAAACUUGUAGAUUCUAUAGAGGUCAUGUGUGAACAGUACACCUCUGAUAUGCCAAUUAAGAUUACAUCUUUUUCGACAGAAGAUGUUGAAAUUUUAGCUACAAUUUGGAAAAUUAUCAUGACAAAGGCUGGUUGUUUACAAAAGGAAAUAAGAAGAUUUAUUCAUGAAUUAGUCACACUGUCUGGUAUCCGAGCUCCAGAUGAGCAACUUGAUAUUAAUAUUAUCAUGGAUGAGGAAGAAACGAAACGUGCUUUUCCGCAAUUUCAUCAACUGUUUCCCGAAGUCCAAGAACCAAUAGCUCAACAAGGAAGAAUGCAGAAUUAUUUUGAAACAAAGGAUCACAACGAACAAAUAGAACCAGAGGAUCCAGAUAGUAAAGAGCCAAUAGGGUUUCUCAAUAAAGACAAAACAAGAAAUCAACAAGAACAAAACAAGUAUACUCUAGAAUCAAGUGAUGACAACGAACAAACAGAAACCGAGGAUUCAGAAAGGGAAAAUUCACAACAUGACCAAGCAUUACCCCAACCUACUAACAAUCAAAGUAGACACGAUGAUUCCUAUGACAAAACCGUAUUCGAUAACAGAACUACUCAAAACAAUAGCUCAAAUCAACUGAAAAUAGAUAGUACAAACAGGCAAAAUACAAACAAUUUUGAAGAAGAAAGAAGUGUUUAUCUGGAUCUAAAGAAAGAGGAGGAAAUUCAUGCUGACAGCAAAACAGAGAAAACUUCAGAAAAGAAGCAAAGCGCCAAGAUAGCUGGAAAUAAGCCAACAUUUACAGCAGAGAUCACAAACACCACUGGAAAGUUAAAUGAAACGGUACAACUGAUUUGUCGUACAGAAAACGUAAAACAGAGAGUUGAGUGGUACUUCAAUGGCCAACUUAUCUAUGACUCCGAUCCAACGUAUUAUCGUGUAGUUAAUCAUACAGAUGGCACUCGCAUUUUAAAAAUUCCAAAGCUACAGGACAGGCACAAUGGUAUAUACAUGUGUGAAGCAUGUAAUGAAUUCGGAGCAACCAACAUGAAAGCCUAUAUAACAGUGUUAGGUAACCCAUUUUCAGGAAAUAAAAGAUCACUGCCAUCUGAGGAUCCCGUUGGUAGACAAAUAUUUCAAAUCGACAGACGAACCGAGUUAUCAGCUCUGCCAGUUAUCAGCAGGGGUGUUUUAAUGCAAGGAAAUAUUAUUCUUUUCCUUUCAAAGAAAAAACUAUUCAAAUACCACAUAUUGGAUUGUAUGCUUAUCUCGGAAAUCGAUCUUCAGAGUGAGUCCCACGAUCUUGCCGUGAUAAAUGAAUCGAUAAUUGCCGUAACUGUGCCAGAAACAAUAAGAAUAGAAUUACAUAAUGUUAUGGAAGGGGGAAACAAUGAUGUAAGAUAUAUAAAUACUGACUUUUGGUGUUAUGCUAUUUCAGUAACCACGAACGAUUAUGUUGUUGUUUGCAUGAACAGUAAAAACAAAGGAUUAAAGUUCAUAAAUAUAAGAGACAAACAAUCUAUUGAACAUAUGCAGAAUAUGAAGGUUCAUAAAGAGGAUGGUCUUUACUAUUCAAGUCCUUACUUAUACUAUACAAAUUAUACAAACAAAUAUAUUGCUUGUUAUAGUGAUGAUCGUCAACUACAUUUCACUUUUGAGGAUAAACCUUUUCCAUUCCCACCAAUUGGAAUGACCAUAAUAGACAAGGACACACUUUACAUUGUUUGUGAAACAGCAGAAUGCAUUUGGCAUGUUAGUAUUUCCAAGAAGCGUCAUAAAGCCGUAGAAUCAGGGUUUGAAGCUGUUGUUAAACCCUGUGUCUUUCUUUAUAGUGACUUUACAAGAAAAUUAUUCAUACUAGAUUACACCAACAAUUUGUUUGUAUAUGAAAAAAUUCAAUCUUAUAAGUGAACUAGUAUACUUAUAAAUUACUUUCAUAAUAUACAAUGUUUUUAUUUUGAUUUAUUAAACGUAGUUCAACUGUAGAGAGCUUAAAAGUA